AUGUUUAAUUAAAUUUCACUGUUCCUCCGCAAAACCAGUGGAAAAUGUCACCAUCACUUAAUCAACUAAAUUUUCUUCACCAAAUCACCACUCCAUCUUUUCAACAAAAACCCACUUGUGUUAUUUUCUUUUUAAGCUCACACCCACCUUCUUCUUCUUCUCUCUUUCCUACUUCAACUUUUAUACAAGUAUAUUGAAGGGAAUGCACACCAGGUGUUCGAUGAAUUGUUUCUGAACAUAAAAAAGCUUGAAAAUUUAAGUUUUAAUGGAGGACCAACUCUCUAAACAAACAUCAGUUUUUGGGAUACGAUUAUGGGUUGUAGUUGGAAUUGCUGUAGGAGCUGCCAUUGUUGUCUUUCUUUUCCUUAUGUCUCUUUGGCUCAUCUCAAAACGCAACACUAACAAGUCAAAACGCAAGACAGAAUCUCAAAUACCCACCACAAAUACAACAACAAUAAUCCCAGUUUUAUCAAAAGAAAUUCAAGAGAUUACUACUGUUGCUAAACAAUCCGACCCGUUAAAUGACCCGAAUAGAAUUAUGGGUGCUGAGAAUCAAGCUUUGAUUAUGAAAGCAGGUGGUGAAGAAAGGAUCCAAAUUGAGAUCAUGGGUCAGAAUAAAUUGGGCGGGUCAUCGUCGGUGGGUCGGAAUUUGGUGGAUCAUCCGGGCCCAAAUGUGGUUCCUGAGGUUUCUCAUUUGGGUUGGGGUCGUUGGUAUACUCUUAGAGAGUUAGAGGUUGCUACAAAUGAGUUUUCUGACCAAAAUGUCAUUGGUGAAGGUGGUUAUGGUAUUGUUUAUUAUGGGGUUUUAGAUGAUAAUACCCAAAUUGCUGUCAAAAACUUGCUCAAUAACAAGGGACAAGCUGAGAAAGAAUUUAAGGUUGAAGUGGAAGCGAUUGGAAGAGUUCGGCAUAAGUGCUUAGUUAAAUUGUUAGGUUAUUGUGCUGAAGGAGCACAAAGGAUGCUUGUUUAUGAGUAUGUAGAUAAUGGAAACUUGGAACAAUGGCUUCAUGGGGAUGUAGGUCCUUGUAGUCCUCUUACAUGGGAGAUCAGAAUGAACAUCAUCCUGUGUACAGCAAAAGGGCUAACUUAUCUUCACGAAGGACUUGAACCUAAGGUUGUUCACCGGGACAUAAAGUCAAGCAACAUAUUGCUUGAUAAGCAGUGGAAUGCUAAGGUUUCUGAUUUUGGGCUUGCAAAGCUUCUUGGCCCGGAGCAUAGCUACGUAACAACUCGUGUAAUGGGAACAUUUGGCUAUGUCGCCCCGGAGUAUGCAAGUACAGGAAUGUUGAAUGAAAGGAAUGAUGUUUAUAGUUUCGGGAUCCUCAUUAUGGAAAUUAUCUCUGGUAGAAGCCCAGUUGACUAUAGCCGGCCUCCAGCAGAGGUGAACUUAGUUGACUGGCUUAAGAUGAUGGUUACAAAUAGGAAUCCAGAGGGAGUGGUGGAUCCAAAGCUAUCUGAGAAACCAGGCUCCAGAUCACUCAAGAAAACUCUGCUGGUAGCCUUGCGCUGUGUUGAUCCCAGUGCACAAAAGAGGCCAAAAAUGGGACAAGUUGUACAUAUGCUUGAAGCCGAACAAGAUUCUUCCUUUAGAGAUGAUCGAACACGAACAUUGAUGAUAGGAAGAAAACACUCUAUUCUGUUAAGUUUCAUUUUUCAUUCCACUGCAAGUUUGUUUUAUUUGUUUGUCAUUCUAACAUCUCAGGAUCGAACACGAACAUCAGUAAGGACACAAAUUGAGAGUCAAAAAGAAGCAUCGGGACCAAAGCAGGCGAACGAGUAGUGAACAAAAAGUGAGGUAGAUUUCUGAAUUAUUCUUUUGCAAGUCUCCAACACGGGAAAGCAUGAAUCUUUUGCCAAAAUGAAACGUAUGGAAGUUUCAUUCGUCGUGCCAAUUUUUUUUUUUUAGUGUUGCAGUGGCCAGUUCAUUCAAGGUGUCAAAUUUUUUCACAUAUCUUUUGUAAGCCAUCUUGCCUAUUCUCUUCUAAAAGGGAUCUUCUCCUACCUUUCUUUACACUUAUUUGAGUAGCAUCAAUUCUAUAUAGACAAGUUUUGUAAAGUGAAUCUUAAGUGAUGCUAGUGCUUUAGAGCUGUUAAAAUUGAUGGAUCUGGCAUACUUAAAGAUAUCUAUCUCAUAAUUUUUUUUACAAGAUCCUUAUAUCAUGUCAAUUGUUCUUUGUAAUAGAUUAUAUAAUAUACACUUUUAUAAUGUAUGGUAAUUGGUAUGAUACAAUAAUGAAAAGAAUUUAUAUGUUGCCCCUCUUGGC